CAUUGGUUGAAAUGCACGUGGUAAAACAUGGCUGCUCCCAUGGAUGGCAAUACAGUGAACGUGAUAAAAGAAAAAGCAACUUUAUGCCUCGAAAGUAGAAAACAAAUUAACAAUGUCGUCGAUAUCAUUUCACACAUGGAUUCUGAAAAGAGGGAUGUCCUCAUAGCUUGCAUAAAUGCACUGCUGAAAGUAUUUGAAAGGUUUAUCUCUACAGAAGAAAUGUGUGGCAUUUCAAGAGAUACAGAUUUGAAAGUUGCAGAUAAGGAAGCAGAAUAUCGAGGAUGGCUGAGACAACAGUACACUGCCACGGUGGUCUGUCUCCUGGAUAAACUCACCUGUACAGACAGAUAUGUUCAGAAACUGUCAUUGCGGACCCUCAUGAAGUUUGUUGCUGCAGAGGGUCGACACCCAAUCACGACCAAGUCUUCAUCUCAUACACAACUCUUUCCUGAGUCUUUGUUUGCAGAAAUAAUGUCCCAUUUCCUGUUGAGCGAUGAGAGUACCUCAGCUCUCUUGGAACCCUUCCAGGAGUUUCUCCAGUAUGAUGAUGUCCGAUACCAAACUCUCCAGUUUAUUCACAAACACCUGCAAAAGAAUUCAUCAAAGACCACAACUGAUGUCUACUUGACCAAUGUGUUCGGACUCCUUGAUAAAUGCUCCAGUCUUAAGUGCAGAACAAAAAGUCUCCACUUUCUCGCUAUGGACACGGCAGGCAAGAUGGGGUCUUCGAAGGAACACACCAAGUUGUUCACCAGUAAGUGGCUCCAGUUUCUCUCUUGCAAGUUAACACCAUCCCUGUACAAGAAGGUGCUCAUCAUAGCUAAAGACAAAGUGAUGCCACGUCUGUCAAAUCCUUUGGUGCUCAGUGACUUCCUUACAGAGUCGUAUACUGUGGGUGGAGUGAUCAGUCUGUUGGCUUUGGAUGGGCUCUUUGUUCUCAUCAACAAACACAACCUGGAGUAUCCUGACUUCUACGAGAAGUUGUACGCUCUGCUGGAGCCAGCAGUGUUCCAUGUCAAGUACUGCUCGCGGUUCUUCCAUCUCACAGAUCUCUUCCUCACAUCCACGCAUCUCCCGUCCUAUCUGGUGGCCGCGUUUGCCAAGAAGAUGUCCCGCAUCUCCCUCACCGCCCCUGCCCCAGUACUUAAGGCAGCCAUCAUCUUCGUGUGUAACCUGCUGAAGCGACAUCCCACAUGCACUGUCCUCAUCAACAGACCGGACGCACCCACAGACCUGGACGAGGAUCCCUACCUGUAUGAUGAACCCGACCCAGCCAAGUGUGAGGCCCUGAAGAGUGCUCUGUGGGAGAUCAAGACCCUCCAGAGUCACUACUGCCCCGAGGUGGUGAAGCUGGCAACCAGAAUCAACCAGCGCCUCCACCACACAGAAGACAUGCUCUCGGACUUCCUCGAGGUCACAGAGGAGGAGUUGAUCCGGCGGGAGAUCAAGCGAUGUCGGAAGACCAUUAAGACCACCCCAGUGACGUUUGUACCGCCCAAGGGACUCUUCGGCGCCAAGAGUGACAGGCUGAGGCUGCAUUGGUUGCUGGAAUAACACUGUGAUUACAAUGUAAAUAAAUAAUAUUGUGAAAUUAA